AAUGAAGGAAUUAAUGAACAAGAAACGAACGUGGCGAAGAGAUAGUCACAAUAUGCUCAUAUUUGUCACAAUAUCAUUCAUAGCUUCCAAAACCCUCAAAAUCAAAGGACCCAUUAAAACGAUGGCCGCUCCUUCGACCACAUCUUCCAAAACCCUCAUGUUAAUGGUUUUAAGCUUUUUUUGCACAGAAUUAAGGCUAGUUUCUGGCGAUCUCGGCACAGCAACUGCAUACGGUCCUCCUUAUAUGCCAACAAAAUGCUUUGGGAGUAGGCCAGACCAGUUCCCUCCGAUGUACCUUUUUGUGGCGGUGAGUGAAGGGUUGUGGGACGGUGGUUCUGCGUGUGGAAGGCUCUAUAAAAUUAGGUGCCUGAGUGGACCCAAUAUGCCCUGCAAAGGUGGUGCUACUGUGGAGGUGAAGGUGGUGGACCAUUGCCGUCAAUCUCCUUGCCCUUCUACCAUAGCCAUGUCAACCGAUGCUUUUGCAGCCAUCUCACACUCGCCUUCUACCCAAAUCAACAUCGAAUUCAUCCAGUAAAUAUCUACCUAAAUUUUCCACUCCCAUAUACUUCUACUGUUGCUUUCCUUAUAUCUAUAUACGUAUAAAUAUAUGUGUACACACACACACACACACUAAAUUUGUCACAUCCCGACCCGGGACGGAUCACUUCCCGGGCCCGCUCCACCACCGUAGCACGAUAUUGUCCGCUUUGGGCUUACC